CGCGCCAUCCGCCGCCAUCGCCGCCCCGGCCGCCGUCGUCGCCAUCGCGGCCGAGCGCGCGGACCCGGACACCAGGCAGAUCGGGAGCGGUGCCGAGAAAAAUUUUCUUACUCGAUGACAUUUCAUCGCGAUGUCCGAUCGUUUGGGGCAAAUAACGAAGGGCAAGGAUGGGAAAAGCAAGUAUUCGACUCUCAGCCUGUUUGACAAGUAUAAAGGAAAAUCAGUAGACGUGGCCAGAUCCUCAGUUAUUCCUAGGCAUGGCUUACAGAGUCUCGGGAAAGUUGCCACAGCCCGGCGCAUGCCACCGCCUGCAAACCUGCCAAGCCUGAAGUCUGAGAACAAAGGAAACGACCCCAACAUCGUGAUAGUACCCAAGGACGGGACGGGAUGGGCAAACAAGACGGACCAGCAAGACCCAAAGAGUUCCAGUGCGACGGCCUGUCAGCCGCCGGAGUUGCUGCCGCAGCCGGGUUUGCAGAAAUCUGUCUCCAAUUUGCAGCAGAAGCCGACACAGUCAAUCAGCCAGGAGAACACAGAUUCAGUGCCAGGUGGACCAAAGUCAUGGGCACAGCUGAAUGGAAAGCCAGCAGGACACGAAGGUGGUUUAAGGGGCUCAAGCCGACUGUUAGCCUUCUCUCCCGAGGAAUUUCCGACGCUCAAGGCAGCUGGGGGGCAGGACAAGGCUGGCAGAGAAAAGGGCGCCUUAGAUCUGUCGUAUGGGCCAGGACCAAGCCUCCGCCCGCAGAAUGUGACAAGCUGGAGGGAGGGCGGUGGGCGAAACAUCAUUGCUGCCACAGCUCUGAAUGCCUCCCCGCCUGAGCCGGGCAGCAGGAACAUGGGCACGGGAGACGGAGCCCCCUCGUCAGCCAGCGCCAGCGAUGCCAAGGACCCCGCGCUCCGCCCAGCCCAGCCUGUCCGCAAAGGGGCUUCGCAGUUCGUGGGCAACGUGUACCACCCACCCACCUACCAUGACAUGCUGCCCGCCUUUAUGUGUUCGCCGCAGUCAUCCGAGAACCAGGGUCCUGUGGAGCGAGGCCCCUUCCCCGCCCCACAGCUCCGCCUGGAGCCCCGAGUCCCUUUCAGGCAGUUCCAGAUGAAUGAGCAGGACAGCAAGGACAGCAGGCCGGGGCUCACGCGUCCAGUGCGGCCUCUGCGACAGCUGGUGGAGCGGGCACCACGGCCCACGAUCAUCAACGCCGAGAACCUCAAGGGCCUGGAUGACCUGGACACGGACGCUGACGAUGGCUGGGCAGGCCUCCAUGAAGAAGUGGACUAUUCUGAGAAGCUCAAGUUCAGCGAUGACGAGGAAGAGGAGGAGGUCACGAAGGAUGGGCGGCCCAAGUGGAACAGCUGGGACCCGAGGAGACAGCGGCAGCUGUCCGUGAGCUCCGCUGACAAUGCCGACAACAGACGAGCCCAGGAGGAAGGGAAGGACUGGAGUGAGGCCUCGAGCCUGUCCCGAGGCAUCUGGAAGGUGCCGGAGCCUCAGCCACCGGCCAGGAAGCUGCAUGGCUGGGCGUCAGGCCCGGAGUACCAGAAGCCCUCCAUGGGCAGUGUGUUCCGGCAGCAGUCUGUGGAGGACAAGGAGGACAAGCCACCCCCGCGGCAGAAGUUCAUCCAGUCCGAGAUGUCGGAGGCGGUGGAACGAGCCCGCAAGCGCCGGGAGGAGGAGGAGCGCCGAGCCCGCGAGGAGAGGCUGGCUGCCUGCGCCGCCAAACUGAAGCUGCUGGACCAGAAGUGCAAGCAGGCCCAGAAGGCUAGCGAGGCCCAGAAGCAGGCGGAGAAGGAGGUGUCCCGGCCCCCGGGCCCCGAGAAGGCUGCCCUGCAGGAGAACGGGCCUGCCGUCCGCAAAGGCUCCGAGGAGCUCCCUGCACAGGACACCCCCGCCCCAUCCCUAGAAGAGCCGCCCUCCACCUCUCCCGCGGUGGCUCAGAGCAGCAGCAUCGAGGAGGAGGCCAGGGAGGCCGGGUCUCCAGCACAGGAGUUCAGCAAGUACCAGAAGUUGCUUCCUCCCCGAUUCCAGCGCCAGCAGCAGCAGCAGCAGCAGCAGGAGCAGCUGUACAAGAUGCAGCACUGGCAGCCGGUGUACCCUCCGCCCUCCCACCCGCAGCGCACCUUCUACCCGCACCACCCCCAGAUGCUGGGCUUUGACCCCCGCUGGAUGAUGAUGCCUUCCUACAUGGACCCCCGCAUCACCCCUGCCCGCACCCCCGUGGACUUCUACCCCUCGGCGCUCCAUCCUUCAGGACUGAUGAAGCCCAUGAUGCCUCAAGAUUCCCUCAGCGGGACUGGCUGCCGCUCUGAAGAUCAAAACUGUGCGCCCCCACUGCAGGAAAGGAAAGUGAGCACUAUCGAUCCAGCCCCGGUGUGGAGCCCAGAGGGGUACAUGGCACUGCAGAGCAAGGGCUACGCACUCCCCCACGCCAAGCCAGGCGACACCUUGGCGAUGGACGUGCACGUCAGGAAUGAAAGCUCGUACUCCGCCUCCCCCGGAAGGUCAGGGGGCAUAAGUGCCCAGCGCGAUCUCUUUGAGGAGAGAGGGGAGGAGUACUUGAGUGCUUUUGACAAGAAGGCCCCAGCAGACUUUGACAGCUGUAUUUCUUCUCAAAGAAUAGGCCAGGAGCUUUUAUUUCCACCCCAAGAAAAUGUUCAGGAGGCGGGUGCUCCUGGGGCUCACACCCCAAACCUCAGGUGUCCCCCAUUGGAGCCUGACCUUGUCCCUGCUGAGAAAAAGGCAGAGUACGGCAGUUGGGACGUUGGCCACCAGCCAAAAGCCGCCGACACAGCCAACGGUGUCGAGCCGGAGGCGCCCCGAGAGGAGGCAGCCUUCCACCUCUCCUGGGAGAAGGAAGAGAGCCCCGAGAAGCCACCAAACCCAGAGCCAGAGUGGGCGCCCGAGUCCCGGAGCUCCAGCAGCCAGCACCAGGAGCAGCCGGGCAGGACCCGGAGGUCGGGGCCCAUCAAGAAGCCGGUCCUCAAAGCCCUCAAGGUGGAGGAGAAGGAGAAGGAGCUGGAGAAGGUGAAGACGGGGCUUGGGGGGGACAGUGUGCCGCUGGCCACAGAGAAGGAGCCGGCGCACAAAGCCGGAGAGGACGAGGACGAGGAGAACAACCCAGCCCUGGCCAACGCCUUCCCCUCUGCCACAGAGGACAAGGCCUCAGCCCAGGCCGGCUUCGGCCACGAGGCCAAGUUGGAUGAGGACGAGAAGCUGGACAAGACCUGGGAGAGCAGAUCAUCACGCGAGUCCGGCGACAUCCCCCCGACCAAGAGAAACAACUGGAUCUUCAUCGACGAGGAGCAGGCCUUCGGGGGCCGAGGGCAGCCCCGCAGCCGAGGCCGAGGCUUCCGGGAAUUCACCUUCCGGGGCCGGCCCGCCAACGGGAGCGGGAGCGGCCUGUGCGGCAGCGGGGUCCUUGGGGCACGCAGCAUGUACAGCAGCAGCAGCCAGCGGAGCGGCCGGGGCCGGGGUCUGCGUGACUUCCCCCAGCCCGAGGACUGUCAAGCCCGUGCCAAGCCCCGGCGGAGGAUCGCCAGCGAGACCCACAGCGAGGGCUCAGAAUACGAGGAGCUCCCUAAGCGGCGCCGGCAGAGGGCCGCUGAGAGCGGGGCCGAAGGCUCGCUCCUGGAGAGGGACGAGGGUGCCCUGAAGAAGGACUCCUGGCGCUCCAACAAGACCUACUCCGAGGACCAGGGCGGCCUGGAUGCUAAGAGCCGUGGCCCGCGGGCCUUUGGGCGUGCACUCCCGCCCCGGCUGAGCAACUGCGGCUACGGGCGCAGGACCUUUGUCGCCAGAGAGCCGGCCCCCUGGCAGAGCAGGAGCCCCGGCGGCGGCUCCUGGCAGGAGUACAGCACGGCCCGGAGAGCCACGGACCGAGACUACAUCCCAGACUCCUACCGACACUCCGACUCAUUCAGCGGCAGGGCCUUCGAGGACAGCCGCCUGGAGGACAAGAGGGCCUUCUUCCAGGACGACCACACGCUAGACCCGGAAAACACAGAGAACCGGCCCUUCCGGAGACGGCGCCCCCCGCGCCAGGACAAGCCCCCGCGCUUCCGGCGCCUGCGGCAGGAACGCGAAUCCUCCGGCCUGUGGGGUCCCGAGGGGGAGCCCCACCUGCUGUCGGGUCAGUGGCCGGGCAGGCCCAAGUUCUGUCCUGGGGACAAGGGCGGUGCUGGGGGCCGCCGGUCCCCUGAGCUCUCCUACCAGACCUCCUCCGAUCAUGCCAACGAAGAAUGGGAGACAGCCUCGGAGAGCAGCGACUUCAGCGAGCGCCCACGGCGAGAGGGCCCCGGGGCCGAACCCCGCCCACAGGGGGAUGGUGGCCUGUCUGGAGCCGGUGUGGGGGAGAGGAAGGAGCUGGCCAAGAGGAGCUUCUCCAGCCAGAGGCCCCUGGCUGACAGGCAGAGCCGCCAGCUGGAGCCGGGAGGGUUUGGGGAGAAGCCCGUUAGGCCAGGUGGUGGCGAGAUGGCCCCCCGUUAUGACAGCCAGCAGAGUGGGACACCCUUGAAAGCCAAAAGGUCCCCAGACGAGCCCCUCACUGGAGGUCUUGGUGGCUGCAGCAGUGGUAGCAGCCACUCGCCCUAUGCCUUGGAGCGGGGCACCCACGCCAACCCUGACAGUCCUGAGGCCACCAGCAAGAAGACAGAGAAGGAGGCUAUGCUGGCUGCGCAGAGGGCCGGGGAGCAGGAGGAGGCCCGGAAGCAGUUUGACUUGAGCUACGGAAAUGCCAUCAUUGACAACUGUGGGUCCAGCCCCGGGGAGGAGAGCGAGGUCGGCUCCAUGGUGGGAGAAGGCUUCAUCGAGGUCCUGACUAAGAAGCAGCGCCGCCUGCUGGAGGAGGAGAGGAGAAAAAAGGAGCAGGCCGCGCAGGUGCCAGUCAAAGCUCGAGGCCUCUCCUCCCGCAUCCCUCCUCGAUUUGCCAAGAAGCAGAACAAUCUGUGCCUGGAACAAGGGGAUGUGGCCGUGCCUGGCAGCAGCCUGGGGACCGAGAUCUGGGAGAGCAGCAGCCAGGCCCUCCCCGUGCAGGCCACAGCCAGCGACUCCUGGAGGAAAGCUGUCACCGCCUUCAGCGGCCCCGAGCCCAGCUCCGCUGAGCAGGGUUUUAAGAGCAGCCAGGGAGACAGUGGCGUUGACUUGAGUGCCGAGUCUCGGGAGUCGUCCGCGACCUCCUCACAGCGCAGCUCCCCGUACGGUGCUCUGAAGCCAGAGGAUAUAAGCGGGCCGGGCCUGGUGGAACCCAAGGCCGAGAGCCACAAGGAGCAGGCCCAGAAGCAGUGUGAGCAAAAGGAUGCAGAACAAGGCUCAGGACAGAGCAAGGAGCACCGACCUGGACCCAUUGGCAAUGAGCGGUCUCUGAAAAACAGGAAGGGCUCGGAGGGGGCCGAGCGGCUGCAAGGGGCCGUCGUCCCGCCUGUUAACGGGGUGGAGAUUCACGUGGACUCCGUGCUGCCCGUGCCGCCCAUUGAAUUUGGAGUUAACCCAAAAGUGAGGGACUCCGAUUUCAGCUUGCCGCCUGGCUCUGCAUCUGGACCUGCGGGGAAUCCGGUUGUGAAACUCCAGGACGCCUUGGCUAGUAAUGGCCAGUGCCAAGGUCUCAGUGAUGGAAUCCCAGUAGAUCCUUCUGACCCUCCACUGUGGACUCGAAAGCAGGCAGAUGACGAGGACCGCGGCGGAGAGGCAGGGUUAACACAGAGCAUUCCCAUUCUGCGGCGGGAUCAUCACAUCCAGAGGGCCAUCGGCCUGUCCCCGAUGUCCUUCCCUACCGCUGACCUCACGCUGAAGAUGGAGUCUGCGCGCAAGGCUUGGGAGAACUCGCCCAGUUUGCCGGAGCAGAGCUCCCCAGGAGGUGCGGGCUCGGGCAUCCAGCCUCCAUCCUCGGUGGGCGCCUCCAACGGAGUGAACUACAGCUCCUUCGGGGGAGUGUCCAUGCCACCCAUGCCUGUGGCCUCUGUAGCGCCUUCCGCUUCGAUGCCAGGCAGCCACCUCCCGCCUCUGUACCUAGACGGCCAUGUGUUCGCAAGUCAGCCCCGGCUGGUUCCUCAGACCAUACCUCAGCAGCAGAGCUACCAGCAGGCCGCCGCGGCCCAGCAGAUCCCGAUCUCCCUCCACACGUCUCUGCAGGCCCAGGCUCAGCUUGGGCUGAGGGGCGGGCUGCCCGUCUCCCAGUCCCAGGAGAUCUUUAGCUCCCUGCAGCCCUUCAGGUCUCAGGUGUAUAUGCACCCCAGCCUGUCGCCACCCAGCACCAUGAUCCUGUCUGGGGGUACAGCCUUGAAGCCUCCAUAUUCAGCGUUCCCGGGCAUGCAGCCCCUAGAGAUGGUGAAGCCCCAGUCUGGGUCCCCCUACCAGCCCAUGAGCGGAAGUCAGGCCUUGGUCUACGAGGGCCAGCUUGGACAGGCUGCUGGGCUGGGUGCCUCCCAGAUGCUGGACUCCCAGCUACCACAGCAGCUGACCAUGCCACUGCCUCGGUAUGGCUCCGGGCAGCAGCCACUGAUCCUGCCACAGUCCAUUCAGCUGCCAGCAGGGCAGAGCCUCUCCGUCGGGGCCCCCCGAAGGAUUCCUCCGCCUGGGUCCCAGCCACCAGUCCUGAACACCAGCAGAGAGUCCUCUCAGAUGGAGCUGAAAGGCUUCCACUUUGCCGACAGUAAACAGAAUGUUCCUCCAGGAGGCCCCGUACCAUCGCCACAGACCUACAGGCCUAGCUCUGCUAGCCCCAGUGGGAAGCCCUCUGGAUCAGCAGUUAACAUGGGCUCUGUGCAGGGACACUACGUUCAACAGGCCAAACAGCGAGUGGAUGAAAAGCCCAGCCUGGGAGCCGUGAAGCUGCAGGAGGGCCCCUCAGCCACCUCCCAGAUGAAGCGAACUGGAGCAAUCAAGCCACGGGCAGUCAAAGUGGAGGAGAGUAAAGCCUGAUGGUGCCUGGCCGCCACCUUGCCUCACCCUAACAGGGACAGUGCCACCACCUGGCCUGGACAGGACAGCCACCACUUGGGAACCGCACCAGAUUCACCACCGCGGAAACGUGGCAUUGACCUACUUGCUUGAGACAAAAGAGCAACGCCUCCCCUCCCCCCACCCCUCCUUCCCAGUGACUGGAGUCACCUUCUGUGCAGCGCAGGGCCGCACGCCCGCCCUCCGGUCCCCACCUGAAGUGGUUUGGCAGCAGGGUCAUUUUAGCCUGAAGCUUUUUUGUUUUAAAAAGCAGCUAAGGUUUUUACAAAGGGGAAAGGAAAACAAAAUGCCAGCUACGUCUGUAUAGCUGAACUUUUAUAUGUUCCUCACUGUCCUCUCCCUGGCCCCCUAUGCUGUCCCUAAUGGUCUCCUUUUACCUUGUCCUGUUUGACACGUCGCUGCGAUACUUUAAGAGAUGACUCUUAAGAACAUGCUCCCCUAAGGGCUGGGGAUUUAGCUCAGUGGCACCACGCCUGCCUUGCAAGUGCAAGGUCCUGAGUUUGAUUCCUGUUACCAAAAAAAAAAAAAAAAAGAACAUGCUCCCUCAAGCUGGUCACCUCCUGGAGUUGCUGCAGGAGGACACAGCUGUCAGCACUCUGGCGGUUGCUUGCUGCUGGAGGCGGUGGGGGAGCAGAGCAGUGGGCAGGUGGUGUCAGGGUUGGGUACCAGCCCUGGCCUCAAGUCAGGCAUUUUAACAUGAGUUCCAUGGAAUUUGUCCUGGGCUCUGCUGAAGCCAGUGGACACGCUGACUUCGGGGUGCCAGAUUGUGGAGGUACAGAACCUGUCAUUUCCCAGAUUGGCCAGGAUGGCAUGAGUGGCGGACACACCACAGGCCCCAUCGGCGUGCUGAGCUUCAGGGCCCCGUACCCCUGUCUUUUGGGGGCCACUGCUUCCAUUCACUUCCUCUUCUCAGCCUUCCAUGACCUGUCAUCUUCCUUUCCUCCUUUCUGGAGCCUGCAGAACCCCGCCCAGCUCACCACUAAAUCACAGUGACAGGAACUCUUGGACAUCAGUUUGGCUGUGGCCGCAACGAAGCAUGUGGUCCCUAAAGCAGGGUCAUGGGGAGCUGUCCUGGCUGGGUGGGGGAGGGGGCUGCAGUUCUAGAGAAUUCUAGCAGCCCCCCAAAAGACAGCCUGAAUCUACAGAGCUGCCUCCCAAAAGGCUGCUGUGAGACACUGUGCUCUGGGCUGGUUUUAAAGUGAAAAACGAGGAAGUCAUCCUGACUCCAUCAUUCCAAGAAAAUGUGGAACUUCCAGUUCCUUGACCACUUGUAGAGUCCCUAGCCCAUCACCUGCCUGCUGGGGCUGCUGUGUGCCCUGCUGGUGUCCCUGAGGCCUGGUUUAAGAGAGCGUGCUGUACGUGUAGGGGCUUGGCUGUGCCCAGUCUGCCCUUGUCACCCAUGGCAUGACAGCUGCUUGGGCUCUGAGUUGUGUCUAGUGUGGAACCUGAGGGAGGAAGCAGGGACUCUGAAGUAGCUUUUUUGUCACUCUGUAAGGAAGGGGGUCACCUCGAGCCUCCAGGCCGAAGUGCCCUGCAGUCCCAGUGGCAGUGGGACAGGGCAGUCUUACUGGAAGAUGCUUUCCUGCUUCAUCUGUGGCAUUGGCACCUCUCUCUCUCGCUCUCUCUCGUGCUCUCUCGCCUCCACCCUCAUACUUCCUAGCUCGUCUUCUCUUCUCCAUCCCAUCAGCCUUUACUCCUCCAUCCCUUCUUGAAGGGCGGCCCCCUUGGAGUCUCCAGCACUGGCCUGCCCAAGUCUCAUCACUCUCCUCCCCCUCCCCCUGCAAGUGUCUGGUCACUGGCCCUGUGAUGAGUCCUCUGUCCUCCCUGCUUCCAUUGGCAGCCAAUGGAAGAGCCUGAUCAGUGGAGCCACAUGGCCAUCUCUGCCUGUUCCCCUUAGAAACACAGCCAGACCUGCUCACGUGAUGCUGGUGCACAUUUGUCCAAUUGAACAGAACAGUCCUGGAUGCUGCCACAAACGCAAGAUGUGCCCUGCAGGCGAGCCUGCCGUAAGAAUGACAAUACUUCUGGUUGGAGUAAAAAGAAAACGUCACCUGAUCUCAGCCCCUUCGCACCCUGUAUUUCCGCCUCCCUCCUCCUCACCCUAAAUAAAAACAAAAAACACUAGAAUUUAUUUAUAUGUAUUGAUGUUGUAGGUCUA